AAGAGCUCACAGCUUGAACACUCCGCUUGUGUGUUUUUAUAGUUCAGUGAUUAUAGUUCAGAUGUUUAAGAUGAGUUUGCAGGUGGACUUGAUGUGUUGUAAAUCAGUAGGAACUGAUCUGUCCAUGCUGGAUAUCGAUGAUUUGAUGACAGAAAUCUCUCAGCUGAAGAAAGAGGUGGCGUUACUGGAGGCAAAGCUGAGAGAAAGAGAGGUUUGUACAGGUUCAACACUGAGUCAGACAGCCGUUCAAAAUAUAAAUCAGUGUGAUUGUGUUUGUCAGGUUUCAGAUCAGAGAUCCAAAGACACACAGGACUCAGAGCUCAGCCUCACUUUACUCUGUUAUACUGACUCUCAGGAGAGUGUGUGUGACAGUAAUCAGGGUGAUCAAACCCCCACAGAGUCUCUGGCUUCUGUCUGUAACACUGCUGGAGAACAGCAGAUGCUCAAGAUACCAUUGAAGAUGUGUUCAGUGAAGCUGAUGGACUGCAGGAACCUCAUGAAGAUUAAACGAGAACCCACAGCACAGGAACAACACACUGAUGAUGAUGAUGAUGAUGAAACCACAGCACACAAACACACUGAUGAUGAUGAUGAUUUUAAAACCACAGCACAGGAACAACACACCGAUGAAGAUGAUGAUGAAAACACAGCACACAAACACACUGAUGAUGAUGAUGAAACCACAGAAGAGAAACAACACACUGAUGAUGAUGAUGAUGAUGAUGAUGAUGAUUAUUAUUAUGAAACUACAGCAGAGGAACAACAUAUGAGUGAUGAAGAUGAUGAUUUCUUUCCUUCAGAUACAAACAGUGGUUCAUCUGAUGGAGAAAUGGCUUCUACAUCAAAACAGCAUCUUUCCUGCAAAAUUUGUGAGAGGACAUUCACUACGAAAGGACGUUUAGUCAGACAUGAGAGAAGACACAAAGAGCAGAAAGUCUUCAAAUGUAAGAGUUGUGAGAGCAGCUUUUCUACCUUCAAAGAGUGGAACCGUCAUUCAGAAGUGCACAAAGUAAAGCAGGAGAUCCCCUGUGAGCAGUGUGGGAAGGUUUUCCUUACAACUUCUAAACUGAAAGUUCACAUGCAGUCACACAGUGAUGAAAAGCCUUUCAGCUGCAGUGAGUGUGACAAGUGUUUUAGAAAUAAAGGACAUCUUAAUGAGCAUAAGAGAAUACACACGGGGGAGAAACCGUACAAGUGUCCUCACUGUGAGAAGAGAUUCACCAACAAGAGUCAUAUGACAUCACAUGUCCGUUUGCACACCAAUGAGAGGCCGUAUCAGUGCAAAGAAUGUGACAAAACCUUUAAACAAUUAUUUUGUCUAAAGACACAUCAGCAAAUCCACUCUGGGGAGAAACCCUAUCAAUGCUCACACUGCGAUAGGCGUUUCUUUAAGAAAUCUGAUCUGAAACGUCAUGAAAUUAGACAAUCUGGGGAGAAACCCUUUCAAUGUUCACACUGUGACAAGCGUUACCAUCUUGAAUCUGACAUGAAAUAUCAUGAAAAAAGACACUAUGGAGAGAAACGUUACCUCUGCUCUUACUGUGGGAAGAGAUUUUAUAUACCAUCUGAAUUAAUAGUUCAUCAGAGAGUGCAUACGGAGGAAAAGCUGUAUCACUGUAGCGUUUGUGGGAAGAGUUUCAAUCAAAAUGUUCUCUUACUAAAGCACAAGAGAACACAUAGUGGAGAAAGACCAUUCAAAUGCACUCAGUGUGACAAGACGUUUACCCGAUCAGAUUACCUGAAAGCCCACCAGAGAGUGCAUACAGGAGAGAAACCUUACAGCUGCUCCAUCUGCAGGAAAUCAUUUGUUUCUUCAUCAAGUUUAAAUGCUCAUCAGAAGACACAUGCUAGAGAUCAAACUGCCCUGAAAUCAUCCUAGUGUUUUCAGGCAUCAACAUUAAAUCACAAUUACAUUAUCGAAGGCAACUCCAGCUCUAUAGAGAAUCAUGCUUUAAUGUCUUAAUUUUUACUCCCCAGUGAGCAAGCCAAAGGUGACUGGUGAAGUAUAAAAACUCCAAAAAUGCUACUGGAAAAAACAAAAAGCCAAUUAAUUAGCCAUAUCUAAUUCCAGUCAUGUAUUAAGUAUAAAGCGAUGCAAAAUGGUGCAGGUGAGCAUCAUUGUUCACCAUGUUCCCUUACCUGAAAUGUCAUCAUGUUUUCUGAGGUCUCAGAUCAAUUUGUAUUUUAACACACUCUGCUUAUUUUCUCUUUAAAGUGAUUGUAAUUAUGUUUCAUCCAUAAUGUGCAUGAAAGAGAAACAACCAUUUAAAUGUCAGAAAUAACUUUUAUUUGACAAAAUUAUUGUAGUUAUUAAGCAUUUCUUAGGACCGAUAUGGUCUGGAUGUAAUGUAUUUUUGCAUCCAUUUAAGGAUUAAAAG